GUAGCGCGAGCGCCGCAUCCAUCCUGCUGUGGGGAGCAGCGAAGAGGAGCGCACGCACACAGAGCCACGGAACAUGGACGGAGUGGGUUCGUUCGGAGCCGGCCGAACCGGGUCCACCGUCGACCCGCUUACAUUCGCCAAACAGCCGCAGACCAUCCUGAGAGUGCUGUCCUGGAUAUUUUCCCUGGUCGUCUUCGCCUCCAUCGUGAACGAAGGUUAUGUUAACAUGGGCAGCCAGCGCCUUCACUGCGUCUUCAACCAAAACGCAGAUGCAUGUAACUACGGCGUGUUCGUGGGCCUGGUGGGCCUGCUGGCGUGCUCCUUCUUCUUCCUCCUCGACUACAAGUUCUCCUCCAUCAGCUCCGUUAAAGACAGAAAGAAGGCCGUGAUGCUAGAAAUUGGCUUCUCAGGUUUCUGGGCCUUUCUGUACUUCGUAAGUUUCUGCUUUCUGGCCAAUCAGUGGUCCCGAACUAAAACAGAAGAUCUGCCCCUCAACCAGGGAGCGGACGCAGCUCGGGCAGCGAUCGCCUUCUCUUUCUUCUCUAUUAUCACCUGGGCUGGCCUCACAGUGCGUGCGGUCCAGAAGUAUCUGCUCGGCACAGACAUGACCCUGUUCACCACAGAGCACAUGGACGGCGGCGCGCCCACCCAGCCUUACCCCUCCAAUUCACCGGGAGGCGGCGCUACGGAGAGCACGGAAACCUACCAGAACCCGCCAUUCACCGAGAACAACGCAGCACCCACGUACCAGGUUCCCAUUUACUAGAGACAGGAUGGAGGAAGAGAUCAAAACAAAGGGAAAUUGCUUUGUGUGAUUUCUGUUACGAGUUGUUUAUGGGUUGAUCUGGUCAGAGGUUUCAGUCGCCUAAAAGAGGAAAGAGCCUUCUGCUUCGUUGUUUCCUCCUCUAGUUUUUCGCCCUACUGAACAUUCCAGCUUUAUCUGCUUUUCUCUGGACCUGUGGUUCAGAAAAGUCCCAGCGUCAGAACGGAUGAAACACAUGAAAAACUAGAGAAGGCAACAUUGAAUAAGAGGCCACUCUGAGUUUUUUUUUAAACAUUAUUUUGUCAUAAAAC